UGCUCCCAACCACCACCUCCCGCUCCACUGCGCCUUUUCCCCCGUUCUUUACUUCAGACUCCCUAUAUCUUCAAUGGCAAUCCUAUACUCUCAUCACCCAACUAUGCCACCUAGAAAACGAAUGCGACGCACAGCGACAAGCGUUAUGGCCGGCGAUUUCGACGUUCCCCCGCCGCGAGACGUCCUAACGAGCCUGCUGAACGGCGUGGGUCCCUACAAGGUCGUCGAAAGAGAUGCAGAGGAGAAGAAGCAGAGGAGGAAGGAAAGAAAGGAGAGGAAGGAGAAGAAGAAAGCCCGUGCGUUGGAGCUCGCUGCGGCGGAGAGCAGUGCCACUAUCCGAGGGUCGACGACGAACGCGACGUCUAUUACUGUCCCCCCGCCAAUCAACUCAAGAGCGUCGUCUUUCUGGAAGUCCAAGGCAUCCAGCGUCCCCAAGGCGCGUCCAGAGAUUAUGAUCGCAUCCACCCAACGCUCCGUCUCAGUCACUCCACCGCCGAUGCCAUCCCCACAGCCUACACCCGAUUGCACCCCAGGUCCUUCAGUCUCGUCUUCCAUGUCCCACGACUCACUCAAGAGACUGCACACCCCAGACGACGAUGAAGACCUCGACGGCCGCCAUAUACCUGCACCGGCGCCCCCUCCAAAGAAGGAACGUCGAAAACGACCAGCGGCUAGGAAAGGGUGGAAGGGCUGGGUUGAAGGGUCGCCACCGCCGUCCGAGAAACUCAUCAACCUCGACGCUGUUCCCAUCUUGCAGGAACGACGGACUCGCAGUGGAAAGAAUUUUGACGCCAUUGGCGUCGGCAAGGAUGGUUGGGUCUAAGUUGGUACGUCUUGUAUUUUUUUAUUCAACGGUUGGAUUUGACUAUAACUCUGCCGGAAGCUGCAGUAGUCAUCCCCCUUCCUAUCCACCGCGGUUUUCCGCUAUCAUAUCCUUUGUUUGGACGUCGAGCACGGUCAACACCA